AUGGAGUCUGUCGUGAAGCCUCUAAUCAUCAAACCGUCUGACCCUUUAUUUGGGGUUCUAAGUGAAGAUCAGUACGAAAGUACAAACUCAACAAACUGGGCAAAGGCGGCUGCUCACAAAGAAAAUAAAGUAUUGGCUAAGGCAAUCAAGGCUACUUCGUGUCCGGUUGAAGGGUUAGCAUCGGAUUUCAGUGAAGCUCUUGAUGCCUCUGUGACUUCAGAGUUGAACUCGGGACCUUUUAAGUUUAAUCUGACGGGUUACAGGAUAGGCUUCUAUGAGGCUGGUCCUUCCGGCGAGAAGAAGAGGUUUGAAUGUUUAUGUGUCUGA